AUGGAUCUUCAGCAAAGACAGGUUGAAGAAAUCCCGACCCUGGCCAAGGGCCCCACCACGGAGUUGGCAUCCGCGGUGAUGAAGGAGGUCCUCCUGGACCGAGUCAUGGCGGUGGAAGGAGAUCCGGUGGAACAUCUCGUACAAGAGUCCAUCAAGUCAUACGAGAAAAACGCCACCCGGUUCCCGCCAGUGACACCAACAAAGUGCCGCACAACCUGUCGUACCAGAGUGACCAGGUUGUUGGGGGAGAUCAGCAAGACCACCAACCACGCCAGCUUCGACAUCAACCAGACUCUGGACCUCAAGCCAAUGUUGAAACAGGUGUUGGUUCACCUGUGGGAAGAAGCAAUUUUCACGGUCCUGGCAAGAACCAUCAUGGACAGGGACACGAUGGACAAGGACGUGAAAAAGAGGAUAGAGACCUUCUCCAAAUGGGCCGAGCAUUUGGAGGAGGUCAAGUACUGGUGGGACAAGGCAGACCUUCCUUUUCCCAUCAUCUACCUCGACAUUGCUUUCCCUGAGGUCCGGACUCCAACCGAUGAAGAAGUAGCAGGUCUCCCCCACCAUCCACCAACAACAACAAUUCAACCAGAAGGUAGGCCAAUUGAACCCACCCCAAACCUACCCCCCACCAACCUCGGGGCAUACCCGAAAAGACGUCCCCCUCCACCACCCCACCAAAGCACACCCAAACCUGGGGAAAAUCAAAAUAUGGAGGGAGGGAGCGACAACAAUAAGAGGGAAAGGCAACGUUCUGGAUUCCAGUUCGAUACAAAUUUCGCCAUUGUAAAUACGCAAAAGGACUACAAUAGCGCCGGGCCAAUAGGUCCCGACAACAUUUGCCCGCCUUCACAACCAGAAGGCCAGACCCAACGGAAUGUGCAGUUCAACUCUGCACCUCCGAGCAAUCAAUUUCAUACUGCUCAAGAAUAUGAAUUUUCUCAUAUUCAGGCGCAGCCGCGCGCAGAAGACCCAUAUGCGCGCACGUUUGGUCAACAUGCGCAACCCGUGCAAGGUGACGAACAGCUAAAAGAUGUCCUUUUGCUGCUCGCAACCAAGUUGACCAAGCAGCAAGAAAUUACCAUUGAAAGCGACCCCUCCAAAACGUUGCCAAAAUUUGGGGGAAAACUUGAAGACUGGACCGGAUUCUGGGACCAGUUUGUCGCAACUGUAGACAGCAAACCUCGCUACAGUGCGAUUAACAAGUUUAGAUACCUGAAAUCGGCACUCCACGGAGAUGCCGAACAGGAAAUUAGGGCCAUCCGCUUUACAGCGGAAAACUACGAGCAAGCUAAAAGCGUGCUCAAACGGGCUUACGGGGACCCUUACACUAUCGUCAACUCGAUGAUACAAAAGAUCACCCACCAUCCCCCAAUCAAAGUAAGCGAAGCCUCCAUAUUGAAGAGCUUCAUCGUUCUAGUGGAGCAGUUCCUCAAUACCGCCGCAAUUCACGAAGAAACACGUGAACUUGCAGCGGCCUGCUCCAUUUUUCACCUCAAGGCUAAACUGCCUUACACUAUCCUUUUGGCUUGGACCAAUCACUUGGACCGCCAAAGGGACAGUAACCAAAGGUCAGAAUAUGACCACGGAACGACUAAGGAAUUGGUAGAAUUCCUCAAACGGCAUGUUCGUAAUCAACAUACCAUACAGGUGGCCCAACAGUUUGAGCGAAAGCAGGACAGUCCCACCAAACAAAGCGACUCCACAAACAGGAAUCGCGGUUAUAAAAACAAAAAUAAAAAUAAGGGCUAUAAAAAUAAAAAUAAAAAUUAUCCCGAUCACCAAACCUCUGCACCUUCCACUGCCACUACCCAAUCCCUCCAAAACUUUGCCACCCUUUCGGCCCACAAGCAGAAGGAUGACAACAAGCAGAGGGAUGACAGCAAGCAGAAGGAUGCCAGCAAGCAGAAGGAUGCCGGCAAGCAGAAGGAUGUGUACCAGCACAAGGCUGGGUACAAGAAAAAGGAUAGGGCGGUCACGUGGGAACUGGACAAAUGCGUUUUUUGCUCCAGUACAACCCACAACAGCAGAAUGUGCGUUGGGGACAAGAUUAUCCCUAACGCACUCAAAACGCUUAGGGACAAGCGUGCAUGCAUUAUCUGUUUCCGGACCAAUCAUGAAACAGACAAAUGCUUGCGGAAACGAUGCACGAAGUGUGACGGGGCCCAUCACUACUUCUUGCAUCAGGACAAGGCAUCUUCAUGA